AUGAAGCCAGGUUUAUUGGAUAUGGGCUAUGCCCGACCUCUCGAGUUUACUCUCUCAGUCGUCGUAGGGACCAAUCCUAGUCCGCUUGAUUUUCAAUUCGCCGCCGAUACACUGGUCUCACAAUGGCCUGUGCUGAACUUGCGAAUGGACCCAUUGAAAACAAGAUUCUUGGAUCCAAAAGACCCCGGUGACCUGACCGAGGUAUGGGAAGGAAGAAAUCUUAAACAAGAACUCAGCGACAUUGUCCAAUUUUCCCCUAGGCUGGACUCGCCACAACUGGUUGACUCCGAGGCACUGGAUAAGGCGUUAGAUUUCGGGUACGGAACCUCGAAUGCAUGGAAGCAGCGAGUCUUCUCCAUACGAACGGUAGUCUUGAUCGAUGCCUGCAUAAUAGGGUUCAAGUUUCUCCAGCCCCUUUGCGAUGCAAAUGGUGCCCAUCAAAUAAUUCAGGCUUAUUGCAGCCUCCUCAGGGGAGAGAGAAUUACCCACACCCUGCAUGGCCGACCGCCCUUGUCUCUGAAAUCAGAAGUACUCAAAAAAUGCGCCGAGAAGGUUGAGUCUCAUCAGAUCGCGGACCUGCACAAACAUUCAAUGCAUCGCACUUGGGUAGCUGGUAUCGGGGUUCUCGGGAAGCAGAUUGUGCGGAAUAUAUGCUACCCUUCUGCGAGACGGAUCAGCAAGACCUUGUUCAUUCCUCGAGGACGGAUCCAGUCUUGGCUAGAAGAAGCCGAAAGGAUAAAAGCCAAAGUAACUGAGCAUGAUCUCUUAUUGGCUUUUAUCUACCAGGCUGCUUUACAUCCACCCACUGCCCACAACUUCGGCCUAGCCAUUGAUAUUUCAAAACAGCUCCAGUCCGAGGCAAAACUCUCCAACCCAUGGUACAUGAUGGCCCUGCCAGAUCCAAUUCCAACAAGCGAAUAUAGCUCUCCUUCAUUGGUUCGACUCGCAAUACACAUCCGACGUGCAGUCCACGAGAGCCAGCAACCAGAAUGCAUCGGAGAGAUCAUCGAUCAACACAAGAGCUUGAAGAAAAGUCCCAUGGUGCCAAAAUCAUAUGGCGGCCGAGCGGCUCAACCGCGCAUCGCUUCUUGGAAAAGCUUGCCGCUUUACGAUCUCGACAUCCAAGGCGAAAGCCCACUCUUUGUACAGGGCAAUAUCGAUUACUGCGGACUUCUGCGCGAGACUAAAAGUCGCUUGGAUGAUUUGUUGGUGACAUGGAAAGGGCAGGGUCGGGACGGAGAGGAUGGUGGUUAUUGGGUUCAUGGGAGACUGCCUGAAGCUGUUUGGAGACGCAUGGCGGAUGAUUUGGGUUGCUGA